GAGUAGUGCACAGUUUUUGUUCGGAAUAGCUUCUCUAGUACGUAGUACAUUAUAUCUCAAUGAAUUGAAUAUUCAAUUUAUUUUGAGUUCGAUUAUUUCUUUUAACAGUAUUUACAGGAUCGUAUAGAAUUGGAUGUUUUCUAACGAACUUACAACAUUCAAUAAUGUAAAUAGACGUAAGUGCCGAUGAAAAGUCAAAGGGCCAUAUUAAGGAUCCCGUAUCAGAAAAUCUUUUGGACAAAUCAGCAGCGGCCGCGCUUUUCAACGUCAUAUUCUUUCAGGGUCACUGGCAUGUUCCUUUCCAAGCGGCAGAAACUGAGGAGAAAGACUUCCACGUGAACAAGUCACUGGUCGUAAAGAAACCUAUGAUGCACUUACAGGAUUCCCUCUUCUACAAUGAGGACAACGAAAUUGGUGCUAAGAUGAUCGAAUUGCCGUACCAAGAAUUAGGUUUCCGUAUGGUCGUGAUACUGCCUAACGAAGUGGACGGUUUGUCGUCAGUUCUGGAAAAGGUGACCGAGAAGGGUCUUUUAGACGACGUGUUCGCUUUGAGCCCAGCGGGAAGGGAAAUCAACUUGUACUUGCCUAAAUUCGAAGUUAGGAGUAAACUGGACUUCACUCAGAUAUUGCCCAAGCUGGGAGUGAGCAGAAUAUUCAGUGAUGGAGCCCCGGGAAUAGUGAAGGAGCGCGAGGUUGCCGUCUCGAAAUUUUUCCAAGAGGCCAUCGUGAAGGUCGAUGAAGAAGGUGCUACUGCGGGAGCAUUUACUGGAGCCAUUGCAGUACCAAUGUCUUCCAACUCUAAGCCACCAGAACCUAUGGAUUUUAUAGUUGACCAUCCUUUCUUAUUUGCUAUUCUACAUGAAGACGUGGUACUCUUUACUGGUAUCUAUACCCACUAAGUGGUUACUGCGAAACAUAUUCGUGGAAUAAAAAAUAAAAAUAUUUAGUUGUGUUUUUGUACCUUUUAAACUAAACUUCACAUAUUAGUAUCAACCUAUCAUAUAAGUUAUUCGAAACAGGCAGUAGGUAUAUAAUAUAUUACUUAAAUUAACAUAACUUGGUCUAAUCUUUAUACGAAAGUGCUAACAAUGGUUAAAAGAAUAUUAAUUAUAUGUUUGCAAUAUAAUAUAAUAUAAUGUCUAUGUAGUUAUUAGUACACGGAUAUAUUGUAACCUUAAGAGUAUACAUAUACAAACUAUGCUUAUGCAUACUGAGAUUGCAACAUUUACAUAUAUGUAUAUGUGUGAAUAUGUAUGUGUAUUAAAUUUAAUUUUAAUACUUAUGUCCACUGACCCUAUAGAAAAAUGUGGAUAAAAUGUGUUGACUGUAUGAUUGUUAAGCAUAAUAUAUUAUAUAGUAUUACAUUUAGUGAUCAGAUAUAAAAGCCUUAUAUAAGGAAUGUAACAGUGGGUCGCAGCAGGCUAAUAAUACUGAGAUAAAAUAAAGUUUAAGAAAAAUGAAAUCCAUCAAAGAAAGUCAAUGCCAAAAAUAAUUAAAGCCUAGUGUUACGGCCUACGGCUGCUCCCUUAAAGGAUCAGAUCCUCAGGGGCCCAUGAGCUGAAGACUUCCCGAGCAGACGUAGGUCGAGCCUCAAUGUGGCCACGUGGAAAUUCCUAAUUACAUUAAAUAUAUGGGGGAGCGUUAUACUACGGCCAGUCGAUCGGAAGGAAUUUGGAUGAAGCUUACUUACCUAUCCAAGGCGACCUGUCCCUCCGGAGUCGGUCAGGUCGCAUGUGGUUGUGUAGUGCAAGGGAAAGAAUGGUGAUGUGGUGUGUAUCUGGGUGUGACUGAUGGUGAUUGAACCUAGACCUUGGCCGUCGGCAGCAGCCCGAGCGUCGACACCGCUCCAACUUGAGGGGGCCUUUCGAGGUUGUCCACAGUCACUUUCUUCUUUCGUCACGUUGACAGUCAAUUAACUCUAUCGUACGAUUUACUAACUUACAGAAGCCACUAACUAUCGCUGGUUAUAAGGUUAACACACAAAACGCACACGGAGUUUACAGUUUAUUAAAGGUCACUACCGUUUCGCUUCUCAACAGUUAGUUCUAGAAUACAGAGGCCGCACUAGCUAAUAUUGUCGAAUGCACUUAUGCAGAUUCUGAGUCAAACACAAUGAGUCCCUGGGAAGCUCUCCAGCAGGAAUGCGCGUCACAAAAUUCCUAGACCGUAUUUUUACUGUCCGCGCUUAAUUAUUCCGAGUUCCCGCGCUUAAUUGGCAGCGUGCCAAUCUUUAGCACUGCCUGAGGACGACUGACUGCCCUUGGGCGUUUUUCGUACGACCGAAAGUCAAACCGGUAUGAAUGCACCGCGCCGAGCGCCCUCUCGCGUCAAUCCUUGAAAGUGUUUUGCGCGAACAAACCCCCGUCCCGGACAUAAGGAUUUAGGUCUGCAAGCAAACCGGUCAGCGGGACAAGGUCGCGAAGGCAAGUUGCAAGACCGAAUCUACAACCAAACUAGGCCACCUUAGGCACCCCAUCAGAUCUUGCAACCCUAACCAGCGCCUCAAAAAAUAGCCCUAAUGUGGCAAGCCGGAGGGCCAGCCUCCACUGGAUGCCCCUCCUGGGCAUCGCAGCACUUUAACAAGCCCUGUACUGGACAGAAGUCCGACGACCUCUUUCAAACACCUAUCCGUGCCCCUAUGAUUAGUUCCGCAAUCCGACCGGAUCAGCUCUGCAAACAGCGACGCGACACGAAGCGGCCCCGAGCGGCCUCCUAAGCUUCAGUGCAGAGCGCACCCACGAAUUCCACAUGAACGUCGUCUGUGGAGAGCCGAACGAAACGCACAGAUAGUCCCUAGUAUGAAUUUUCAACCAGUAGGCCUAGUCAGGCCACCCACCAUAUUAUCAUUUACUAAAAUAGUGCGGCAGCUGAUUUCAAUCUGAUAAUCUCCAAAACUAGCUAGCCUGUUAGGCAAGUAGUCCUAUGCUCAUAUUUCAACAAAAUUUUCAAAAGCAUCAAUGUUCAACUACAGAAUUAAUUCAACCAAAUUAAUCACCGAUGCGCAUAGGUCAACUUGCAAAUUAAACAAAACAAUAACGUAAGGGACAGCCCUACUUCUUCGCAAAGCAAAAUGAUUAAACACUAUCAUAAACAUAUAAAUAAUCUUUCAAAUAGUGCGCCAUUCAAUUUCAAAUGAAUUCAAAUUUUCCUUUCAGCAAACGGACGCAACAAUCAAAUACAGUGAUUAAAUAUAUGUACAAAAUACAUGCAGUAGCAUUUAAAGGAGUAGAUUAAAUUCAAUUCUUUUAAUUUAAACCGCUACAAAUAGGAAAAUUUCGCGGAAAGCUCAAAGCAUUUUUUAAUUUUAAUUCAAAGUAUUUUUUAACUAAGUGCUCGACCAAACCAAAUCUAAUACCCCUUGACAGCGUGAUUCAACGCUCCAGAGGGGCCCUAAUCUUCCCACCACCAAGGGGAGGCCACAUGGCGUGAACCCGAGAUCGCUAACAGUCGCCACUCGGGUUGUACGCCUUCACUGAGGCCGUCGGCAACAGAACAUUUUGACAAGUGGACUGUUGACGGCUUAAGGCUCAGUGGAGGUGGCCGUGGUGGGAGCUAAGGCGGCAGCUAGCCAGGGCCGCCUCCAUCAAAUGGGGAACAGUGGUACACCAGUCGCGGCCACUCAGCUAACGGGAGUGAGAAGGGUCCAGCGGACCGAUGAGUGGCCGUGAAGUUCCUCUCCACACGCUUAGGGGGGGGGGGGUGAUGACACCCCCGCCCCUGGGGGAAUUACCCCCGACUGGUCGGGGGAGGGACCCCUUUCAAAGUUAGGGGCCUGAUGGCUGGCCGGCGGGCGCCGAGAGUCGCCCGGCAGAGAGCGUGGCUGAGCGCCCCCGCCCGUGGGGGUCGAGGGCCUGGCAGAGCCCCGAGAGGAGACGCCGUUCGCACUCAGGCACAAAACGGCAUGAUGAUUGCCCUGGCAAUGCAGACAGGGCCGCCGAUGCGGACAGUCUCGCUGGAGGUGUCCUCCCAAACAUGAGCAGCACCAGCGGCGCUUCUUGGCGAUAGUUCGCCUCGUUGGAACCGGCUUACAUAAUAAUUUCGGGCACGACGUUACCCGAUGAUCAGAUGCUCGACAAUAGGAGCAGGGGGGGGGGGUUGACGACGACUUGCCUGGAGGAUUCAGCCUCUCACUGGGCACGGCUCGUAAGUCGUCAACGGUGCCCGCCGCGCUCUCUAUCUGCCGGCACUGCUCCUCCAAAAAACGCAGCAGGUCAUAGAAGGGCGGAAUAUAGGAGGCCUCGUCCCCGCCGUACCUCUCCUCAAAAUGGAUUCGAAGGUCGAGAGGUAGACGGGACAGCACGAUGCGGAGCAACAAAAAAGCCCGUUCGCCCACUGGUAAACCCAGCCGCCUCAACGUAUUACAGGCCGCCAAGACUGGAUCCAACAGGUCCGGACGCAGUCUGGCCCGGUCACUAAGCAGCGGGAGGCUUAGAAGCUGCUUAACAUGUUCGUCCGCAAUUCGCCGGACGUUGGCGUAUCUUCUGGCUAGGAGGUCCCGAGCAGUCUGGUAGGCGUCGUCCGACAAUCUCAAGUGGCCGACGACGCCCAGGGCCUCCCCCUCCAGUGAGGUCAGGAGGUACACCAUCUUUUGGCUCGGGGUCAAGUCACUCCGGGCGUCCACUAGGCUGUCGAAAAGACCAACGAAGGUCAGCCAUUCGGAAAGGACCCCGGAGAACUUUGGCAGGUCCAGAGUUGGGAGUCGUCCCAACAGCUCCGGCUGAAGCUGCUUCAGAGAGGACUCGGACAGGUCACUCAUCAGAGCUUCACGCGCCUCCUCGGCAUACCUGCCUUCAGCCUCGAUCAACUCGUCCGUGAGCCACAAGAACUGCUCAUAGUCCGCGAAGCAGGAGUCCAGGACUCCCUUCUCCACAUCCGAAUCCUCGAGCUCAGCGUAAGCCUCCUCCACUGCGGCCCUUCGAGCAUCCACCUGCUCGAACUGUUUCAUCAAGUUAUGGACCCUAUCCGGUCGACCUAUCAAAGCAUGGGCGCUUGUGGCCCAGCGUAGCUCAGUCCGCAAACAACGGAUCAGUAGCUUGGGCGAUGUCAUCACUAUUAAAUGCAAAUUACGACGCGGCUUGAGCACAGAUUAC